UGUUUCUUAUACUUCUCAUAGUUCUUCAUGAUGAUAAAGUUUAAAUUGCUUAGCUUCUUAAUGCUUUUUUGCUGGUCGACAGCAUCCUCCAAUCCUAGUCCAGUUUGUGUGCAUGCCAAGAAGUUAUAUCAAACGCUUUGUUCCCAAAAUGACACACAUGCGGAAAUCGAACAAGGUCCCCCGGGAAAAAGAGGGCCUGUUGGACCGAAAGGUGAAAUUGGGAGACCAGGGCCUAUUGGGCCUCCAGCUGCUGUGGACUAUAAUCGCAUUGAAACAGAAAUAGAGGAACAAAUUUCAUCAGUUCGCAAUCUUGCAAACUCGAACGAACGAACUUUUGCCUCAAAAAUUGAGAAACUGGAAGAACGAAUCAAAAUUUUGGAAAGUAGAGAAGGCGCAUGUGAGAUAAAGUACAAUGGAAAAUGUUUCUGGACAGUGACUCUGGACCACUUCGUACCUGGUUAUGAUAAAGGGGUCGCCAUGUGUGCAGAGCGUAAUGGAUCACCAGCAAAUAUUUAUUCUGAGGAACAUUACAAUAUCAUCAUGAGAUAUCUUCGAUCGAAGACAUUGGCAAAGCUGAGUGCUAUUCACCUAUGGAUAGGAAUGCGAACAAAUCCAGCCACUGGAACUGUUACACUUUCCAAUGGAAGUCCAGCUCCAUUUAUGAAAUGGUAUCCAGGAAGUCCCUCAAAAGAUCUUGCUAGAACACACAUGACCAUUGUUCAAAGAGUUCCAUCGUCUAAUCCAUCCGUUGGUAUUCAUAACUGGCCACCAACAGCAACCCGAGAAGGCGUACUUUGCGAACUAUGAAGCAAUGCUGAUUUACUGCAUUCGUAGGGUAUACCGAUUGUCGAAUAAAAUUUAGACUUUAAAAUAUGUUUUCAUGAUUUUUGCAUGGUAGAAAUCCUUUUUACCCUGCUAUUUUUCAAGUACUAUAUCAACCGCUAUCAAUUGACAUAUCUGUAGCAAGAAUAAAUUUUUGUUUACAUUUCCGUCAGUAUUCUUUCCAAUUGAACUUCAUUAGAACAAACUUGUAUUGAGCCUUAUUCUGAGUUAAAAGGUGGUAAUUGCAAAAGCACAGAAUCUAGGUAAAACAUAUAUGAGCAAGACUGAAAAAAUAACUUGAACUCGAAAAAUAAUUUGAAAGUAAUAAUUUUCAUCUUUUUUUGAAAUUUGUCAAACAGUCGUGAUCAAAAAUGAAAGUUGUUUAGUACUUACAAUAAAACGGUAUUACAAUUUUCAACCUAUAGGUAUUGUAAACACAUAAUUAGUUCAAAUACAUGACGCCUGCGGCAUGUUCAUGUGACAAGGAUUUCUUUCGUAGUACUAACAGAAAAUAUAAAUCCAAAUUUAUCAUUAUGCUAUUGCUUGUGUGCUGCCCAAACAAUUUUUUAUACGACUAUCCUGUUGAAAUUUUGACCGCACUGUUGUUUAGUAUGGAUGGACAAACUCAAUAGAAAGCACUUUUAGGAAACAAAAGUUAUUCUCGAUGUAUGUAAUUGAACGUAUUGCGUUUCGAAAGAUAAUAUAUGGUAUAUAAGAGUCAUGCGGUAUAUAGCAAGCCGACGAUGGUGAUGUUCGUUGAAUUUUUUGAGCUAUUCAAUUUCGAUAUAGAUGUUACGACUAGGUCUAUAUCACGGACUAGGGUCAUAUUGAGUUUUAGAGGUUUCCUGCUAUAUUAAACUCUAGUUCUUCAAGCAUAUUUAACUACAGUGUGUCAAUCCUUGCAUGAAUGCAGGGGCAUAUUGUGAAGUACCUAAUUCUGUUCAUCGUGCUGCGAAGAAUUUACUCAGUUUAUACAUUUUAUAUAUAAAUCUCUAUAUUAUAGUUCUUCAUCAUGAUAACGUUUAAAUUGCUCAGCAUCGUGGUGAUUUGUAGCGCGCCGACAGCAUACUCCGAUUCCGGUCCAGAUUGUGUGCAUGCUAAGCAUCUAUAUCAAACACUUUGUAGGCAGACAGAAAUUGAACAAGGUCCUCCGGGAAAAAGAGGGCCCGUUGGACCGAAAGGUGAUAUCGGGGGACCAGGACCUAUUGGGCCUCCAGCUGUUGUGAAUUAUAAUCGAAUUGAAACAGAAAUAGAGAAACAAAUCACAGCAGUUCGCGAUCUUGCAAACGUAAGAGAACGAAAUUUUGCCUCAAAAUUGGAGAAGCUGGAAGAACGAAUCAAAAUUUUGGAAAGUAGAGAAGGCGCAUGUGAGGUAAAGUACAACGGAAAAUGCUUCUGGGCGGUGACUUUGGACUCCUCUAUUGGUUAUGAUAAAGGAGUAGACAUGUGUGCUGAGCGGAAUGGAUCACCAGCAAAUAUAUAUUCUGAAGAACAUUACAAUAUCAUUAUGAGAUAUCUUCGAUCAAAAAUAUUGGCAAAGCUUGGUGUAGUUUAUUUAUGGAUAGGAAUGAGAACAAAUCCAACUAAUGUAAUCGUGACACUUUCCAAAGGAAAUAGAGCUCCUUUUAUAAAAUGGUAUCCAAGAUAUCCCUCUAGAGAUUCCGAUACAACGCACAUGACAAUUGUUCAAAGAGCUCCAACGACUAAUCCAUCCGUCGGAAUGCACAAUAUACCACCAACAUCAACCCGAACAGGCGUACUUUGUGAAUUAUAGAACAACAACUGGAUGUGAAGAGAUUACCAUUUAAAUUUUUAUCAUGAAUAUUUUCUUAGACUGUUCUGGCAUUCUAGAACUCUCUUGACGCAGGUGUUUCUAUGGCAAUGUUGAAUUGCUUCAAGUUUCCCUUCAAUCGCUAUGAAAUCUAUUUCUUUCGGUAUCAGAAAUGGUUUCUUUAUUAUUAGAAAUGUAAAUUUUUUUUACUGACUGUCCCAAAGUUGAGUUGAGCAUUUUCUUGUGAUAGAAUAAUGAAAAAAUAUAUUAUACUUCUGUAGAACGAAUAUCAUGUAUAGCGUCUCCAUUUGCUUUAUUCUAUUCAAUUUUGUAAGCGUGUUUCAUGUCCCCAAAUAAUAAAAAAGCUCAAAGCACUCUCAAUAUUUUAACGAGCCAUGUACGUGUCAACUGGGACUAUUGAAGUAGAGUAAUAUGAAAUUGAUAGAGAGAAAUAUUUAAUUAUUUAUAUCAACGUCUAGUAUUUAUGUCAAAUUAU